UGAGUGACAGGGGAUGUGGGCGGUGCCUUGGUUGCGGUGAUCUGGACUGCUGAGGGAGUCGGUGACCGUAGCAGUCAGCUGAAGGAGAGGUCACCGGAGUCUGGAUGCGUUCUUCGUGCGUGUAGCAGUGCAGGGUCGUUUGACGCAUGUUGUCAUGUGACUACUUUUUGGACUCGCAGACCCCUCAUGCUUUGCUGUUAUGGACAUCUGUACGCUCGCCCUCCCCUAUGCUCUGCUCCUGUCUGCGCUGCUUCUUGGGGGAGUCUCUGGCACCCAGCAAUGUGCCCCCCAGGUCAUCCCGGAUAUGGUGAUUGACAUAAGCCAGGCAGUGGCACGCGGUGCACGUUUCACUGACCCUUUAAGCGUGAUCAGCAAGGAGGAAUGCCUGUCGGCCUGCUGCAAGCAACUGGAUGUGGAAGGUGUUCAGGAGUGUAAUCUUAUGGUUUUCGAUGCCAGGAAAAGCCGAGGAGAGCCGAACUGUUACAUCUUCCACUGCCCCACGAUAGACUCGUGCCCCUUGACGCCUAGUCGGGGGGUCUUCAGUUACAGCUUGUGGUCAGAGACUCCUCACCCGGUAAAACGUGACCCUGAGAAAGUGCAGCAGAAGACAAAGUCUAGUGAUCACAGCAAAGUGCAGAGUUCUCUCGGAAGGACGUCAGGAUCAGCUACGCACCCCCCCUCUGGUUCUACAGAGUCUGGUCCACUUGACCUAAACAACAAAAAAAACAGCACUCUUAUUGCCUCGCAGGAACCAGCCAAACAUGUUAAGGAGGAACCAGCCAACUCCUCCCAAAAAAUCACCACUCAGCUCCUCCACCUGGCGAGCACAAUCGAUCAACACCUGGAGAAGAUGGAAUCCAAGUCAGCAGCUUCGAAGGACAAUCUCCAAAUCCACUACCCCUCCGCCAUCGCUGCCACAGUCCCCACUAUCCGGACGACAACCAUUCCCAUCCAUGUAGAGGUGAAGAAAACCCUCCCUGAUGCCAAAGAGGCAAAGCCUGGCAUAGUUACAUAUAAGAUGCCAGAUAACUUCACAUUUAUUCCUACUGUAGCUGCCAAGCAAGUGGACACUGUACCCAAGAAAACAUCACUCAGCACUGCUGCCCCUAAGCCUGUACACCGAACAAAGGCCAAUCUCAUUGUGACCUCUUCCUCUUUCCAGGAUACAAGUGGUGCCCACAAAGUGCCUAGUUCUGAUAAGAGUGCCAAGCUUCCUGGAAGUGAUCACUCUGACAACAGUGGCACACCCAUGGUGACACCAAAGAAGGUCAGUCACCCCCUGCCCCACACAGAGGUCCCAGCCCUUGCUACAGUCCAUCAAACCAGACCCCCCCAGAUGGUGACUCACCCUGCACCUUUACAGACGUCACCCAGGAAGGAAAUAAAACCCAGCACCAAGACUAAGGACCAACCAUCGGCCAGUGACGAGGUCAAGACGCCUGGGCAAACUAUGACUGUAACCCAUCCCUCAUCACAACAAGAACCUGUUAUCAAUCUGGAGGAAUCUCCUAGGAAAGCUGACAGCACAGCAUCUGAGGGCAUCCUUCCAUCACUGGAGGAUAAGAGCGGUCUGGUGGCAGCUCUAGUUUUUGGGAUGUUGUUUCUCCUGGUGAUAAUUGGUCUGAUCAGCCGCAAAGUGUCAGAGGUGCGGCGCAGGCAUCGAUACACCAAACUAGACUAUCUUAUCAAUGGGAUGUACGUGGACACCUGAAGUGUGUAGCAGCAGGUCCUUCCCCACAUAUGGACAUGACAGACCCCACCAGCUGCUCUGGUCUUCACUACAACACUGGCCAUAUUGACAUGGGGGGGGGUGUACUUGCCGCAAAUACGGCUGAGUGGAUGGACACAUAUUCAUCUCCCAGUGCGGAGAUACAA